AUGUCCGAAGCACGAAACAUCGAGCCGAUUGAGAGUGCCUCAGAGCUCCUCAAUACAACACUUCGCUCGAAAGGUUAUAUCAAAGAGACACUCAGAUUCCCCAGUAUAGAUUGGAAUGAUCUCAUCCGAGACCAACCUGACCGCAAAGCCCUCCGUAAUCUUGAGGUCACGGACACCAUUUUUGACAAUGACAAAAACAUCAUCAACAUUAUUUAUUCACUUCUUAGAGCAAUUGACCGACACAAUGAUCAGCAGAAAGCGUUGUACCACAGUUUAAGUGUGAAGAACAAGACAAUCGAGGAACUUGAGAAGAAGGUGGAACAUCUAGAAUCUGUCAAUAAGACGCAAGAGAAAAAACUUGACCGGUUGGUGCUGGUGGAUCAGACGCUAGCAGAGAAACGUAACACUGAGUUGAUGAGGACGAUAAGGAAACAGAGUACCGAGUUGGCUCGUCUCAAAAGCUGGACUGGCGAGAUUCAAACAAAAUAUGACAUUGAGGUGAGGAAGAGAAAUAUCGAGAUUUCACAACUUAAAGAUAAGGUGUUGGAUCUGAGGGAUUUAUCCUACCGCUUAUCGUAUGGAAGAGCUGCACCAUCGUCGACCAGAGCCCUACGGGAGAUCAACCCAAGCGUUCUUCACAACAACAUACACACGAUUGACAAUGACGUGCUACCGAAUAGUGAACCCGAUCAAAACCAAGCAAACGCUCUCAAAUCUGAAUAUGACGAAAUGACGAACCAACUCUCAGAGCUAAGCGAAAACUUGAUCAAAGAAAACUCUAAGUAUGCUCAUUUCGUCGAAGAGCUUAAUACCUACUUUGACAAGCUCAACCUCCAAUUAUCAACACUGAACUACAAGAAUCUACCGAAUGAGCAUCUCGUCAAUCCCUCGGACGAGAUUGACUUGGCUCGUAUCCUCGAGGCUACAAACACUGAAGUUGAUCCAUUUGAUCAUGUAUCAAGCCCCUUGUUGUCGAACGUAUACAAGAACAACCACUACGUUUCCGCUUUAGUCGAGUUAGCAGUCACAGGUGGUCGCCUGUCCAAAAAGAACGAGGAGGACGAGAUCGAAAGAUUAAGAAUUGAAAAUGCACAGUUGUAUGAGAACUUGGACGAAGCAGUGCAAACACUUGAAAGAUGGCAAAAAUAUGCGCCAGAAAAGAGCUGA